AUGCUUUUGCAAUUCAUAUUCCAGCUUUUUGUUUUGGCCGAAUUAUCCAGAGCCGCAUGCUCGCCUUCUAAGAUCAUCAAGUCAGGUUUCAAUGUCGUUGGUUACAAAUAUGACUUGUUGUCAAAAGAAGGUUGGGAUAAAGACUACCUUGUCAGUGGAUACAAGAAAAAUGGAGCGUUUUUCUCUACAUCGGGAAUCAGUGACAUUGCAUUCAAAAACUUCAUUCCAGGUCUGACCAUCAUCUACGACAAACUCUAUGGUCAGCGCAUGACCAUUUCCAACUUCACCAUCGAAUUGACUGGACACUUUAUUCCAAAAGUGACAGGCCGCUACACAUUUAGCAUUACAGAUGCUGACGAUGGCGCUGCCUUGUCCAUUAGAACAGACGGCGUCUGCUGCGAUGAUGCUGGAAAAAUCACCACCGAUUUUGCAAUCAGUACUUUGCGUGGAUAUGCUGGUGCUGGAGAUGCAAGUCCAACCACUGCUAGUGUUGAUUUGAUUGCGGGAAAGGCUUAUGCUAUGAAGAUUGUCACUUUCAACUGGAACGGGCCACUGGCAUUGAAAGUGAGUUACGUUGGGCCUUUUGGUAUUAAAAAGAGCGUUUUCAAAGAUGUUCACCAGGUCAAAUUCGAAUCCCAGAAUUGUACGCCAUCUACAUCUUCCACUGCAACUCCUACUUCGAGCCACUCAUCUUCUGCUUCUUCUUCAUCUUCUGAGGUCACGUCUACGUCUGAGGUGACGUCGUCCUCUGAAGUGCCUUCUUCUCAGGCCUCUUCUACUCAAGCGUCUUCCACCCAGUCCUCUUCGGUUCCCUCCUCGUCUGAGGGACCAUCAUCUUCUUCAGAAGUACCAUCUUCCACGGAAGCAUCUUCUUCUACUGAAGCAUCUUCUUCUACUGAAGCAUCUUCUUCCACUGAAGCAUCUUCUUCCACUGAAGCAUCUUCUUCCACUGAAGCAUCUUCCUCCACUGAAGCAUCUUCUUCUACUGAAGCUUCUUCCUCCACUGAAGCUUCUUCAUCAUCUGAAGCUUCUUCUUCCACUGAAGCUUCUUCUUCCACUGAAGCUUCUUCAUCGUCUGCAGCACCAUCUUCAUCUCAAUCUUCGUCAUCUGAAGUCCAGUCAUCAUCUAAAAUUGUGUCUUCCUCGUCCGAGAAUCCAUCUUCGUCCACCGAAGUGCCAUCUUCUUCAUCUGAGGUUCCAUCUUCUGCUACGUCUGGAACAUCUUCUGGAGUAUCUUCUACUGAAUUCUCAUCUUCUCAACGGUCUCUGGGUAGUAGCUCCAGUUCUCAGUACUUCAACACAACUUCUUCUUUCUGGUCUACAACAAGCAAUUCCGCUUCCACAACUGCCAGUGAGUCAUAUUCAACUAUUCCAUCUGGAUCUCAAACCGCACCAUCUGGUUCCCAAACUGCACCAUCUGGUUCUCAAACCGUUCCAUCUGGUUCUCAGACCGCACCAUCUGGUUCCCAGACAGUUCCAUCUGGAUCUCAAACCGCACCAUCUGGUUCCCAAACCGUUCCAUCUGGUUCCCAAACCGUUCCAUCUGGUUCUCAAACCGCACCAUCUGGAUCUCAAACCGCACCAUCUGGUUCGCAAACAGUUCCAUCUGGUUCUCAAACCGCACCAUCUGGUUCUCAAACCGCACCAUCUGGUUCCCAAACCGCACCAUCUGGUUCUCAGACAGUUCCAUCUGGUUCUCAAACCGCACCAUCUGGAUCUCAGACAGUUCCAUCUGGUUCUCAGACAGUUCCAUCUGGUUCUCAAACCGCACCAUCUGGUUCCCAAACCGCACCAUCUGGUUCUCAGACAGUUCCAUCUGGUUCUCAAACCGCACCAUCUGGAUCUCAAACCGCACCAUCUGGUUCUCAGACAGUUCCAUCUGGUUCUCAAACCGCACCAUCUGGAUCUCAAACCGCACCAUCUGGUUCGCAAACAGUUCCAUCUGGUUCUCAAACUGCACCAUCUGGAUCUCAAACAGUUCCAUCUGGUUCUCAAACUGCACCAUCUGGUUCGCAAACAGUUCCAUCUGGUUCUCAAACUGCACCAUCUGGAUCUCAAACAGUUCCAUCUGGUUCUCAAACUGCACCAUCUGGUUCGCAAACAGUUCCAUCUGGUUCUCAAACUGCACCAUCUGGAUCUCAAACAGUUCCAUCUGGUUCUCAAACUGCACCAUCUGGUUCUCAGACAGUUCCAUCUGGAUCCCAAACAUACCCUCACACUACUACGCUCACAGUUCCCACUGGCAGCUCCCAUACUAUUCCCGGAACCUUUACUCCCUCAGAAUGUUCUGACACAUGCACAAUAAUUGUUGUUCCAUCAGGAUCGCAAUCCAUUCCGGGCACGCCUGUGGUUCCAACUACCCCAGCUAUUCCAUCUCAACCUUUAACCACCAUUACAGUCCCAACAUGCAGCUCCUACACUGAAACAGGAACAUUCACCCCUUCGGAUUGUGCAGAAGUCAGUACCUGUACUGUGAUUGUAAUUACCAGUGGAAGUGCUUUCACAGAGUCUACCGCUACUCCUACUGGUUCUCAAACUGAAUUGACCCAUACGGAGGGCACAUCGACUGAGGCACAAAAUACUUCUGGAAACAACCUCACUGGUUCUCAAGUCACUCAGACUGGCUCUCAAGUUACUGAAACAGAAGUUACCCAUACAACUGUCACGAUCACCUCUUGUCUGCAAAAGAAAUGUGAGACGCACACUUCUGAAGGUAUCAUCUCUGUGAUAACCACUACUAUUGGAAGUCAAGAGACCAUCUACACCACGAUCUGUCCUUUGCCUUCGCAGUCUGUUCCAGGUUCUCCAGGUCAAGAAUCCAAUGCCGUUCCCUCUCCAGAUGUAAGUUCAGUUCCACCUUCCGGAACAUCUGGUUUUGAAACCACCGUUACGGCAUCAGGUUCUGUUCCUUCAAUUGCUCUUAGUUCAUCUUCUGGUGUAUCGGUACCUGCCACAUUCGAAGGUGCCGGAAUCAAGAACACUUUCAGUUUCUCGCUUAUGGCUAUCGCGGCAGCAUACUUGCUUUAA